GGAAUUGGGAGAUCCCGUUGGACGCCAUGACGAGAUAGGAGUCCCCAACUUUUCUGCGUCUCUUCUCCAAUCGCCCAACCCUGAUCGAUCUGCGGCCCAAUCAUCAGAAAAGGAUCUGUCCUAGGAGAGCUGCCUCUAAUUCUUUCAUAACAAACUACUUACAAAAUGUCGUCAGGAGGUGAUUCUAUCAAUGGCCAUGCCGAUCAGCCCCUUUUCUCCUUUGGGGUUAUAACGGAUGUCCAAUAUGCUGAUAUUCCAAACGGCCACUCAUUUCUUGGCAUCCCUCGAUACUACCGCGAAAGCAUUCAGGUUUUACAAAGAGCAGUGCAACAAUGGAAUGAUCUGAAGAAGCUCCAGUUUUCGAUCAACUUUGGGGACAUUGUCGAUGGGUUCUGUCCUAAGGCCAAGUCACUCAGUGCCGUGCAGAAAGUUGUUGAGGAGUUUGAGAGGUUCAAUGGACCAACCUACCAUAUGAUAGGCAACCACUGCCUAUACAAUCUCCCUCGCCACCAACUGAUCUCAUUGCUGAAGGUGCCCUCUGCUCCUGACCGUGCAUACUAUGACUUCUUGCCAUGUCCAGAGUACAGAUUUGUCAUUCUGGAUGCAUACGACAUUAGUUCAAUCGGCUGGCCAAAGGAUCAUCCAAAUGCACUGGAAGCUAUGCGAAUUUUGGAAAUGAAGAAUCCUAAUUUGGAUAAGAACAGUCCAAACGGCAUGGAAGGCCUCGAGAGGAGGUUCCUUAUGUUCAAUGGGGCUGUUGGGAAAGAACAAUUGCUCUGGCUCGAAGAUGUCCUUCAAAGAUCCUCCAAGAACGAGCAGAAGGUCGUCCUAUGUUGUCAUCUUCCCUUGCACCCCGAAGCAGCAUCAAUUGAAGCACUCUUGUGGAACUGCGAUGAGGUGAUGAGUUUGAUCCAUCGUUAUGGAUGCGUGAAGGCUUGCCUUGCUGGCCACGACCACAAAGGUGGUCAUGUUGUCGACUCUCAUGGCAUUCAUCAUCAUGUUUUCGAGGCCGCUCUCGAGUGCCCUCCGGGGUCGAAUGCUUAUGGAUACAUAGAUGCAUACCAUGAUAGGCUUUCUCUUGUAGGUACUGACAGAAUGAAGAGCAGUGAGAUGAUCUUUAGAUAAGUAGACAGAAACAUGGUUCAUUGUUUUUUCUCAUACACACUGUGAGGGUAAGUUUCACAACAGAAUACAGAUUGCAACACAAAUUUUACCAUCAUUUGAUAUAUAUAUAACUGCAAGCUUGAAAUUUCCUUGCAUUUUUACUGAAA